UUUGCAGCGCGGGCCGCGAGACCGCAGCGAGGGCGCGCCAGAGGCGGGGGAGGCAGACGGCAUGCUCCCGAGGACGGCCUACCCAGCCCGGAUUUGAACUGCAAGCAUCCUGAACGCAUUACAAAACAAUUGACCUCCUCUGAGCUACAAAGCAGUGCACACAUUCAAAGUAUAGGAAUCCAUUCUCAUAGACUCAUCAAUCCUUGUAGCGUACGAAAUUCUUGCGCUCCUAGAAAAUAUCUAGCCGCCUCGGCGUCAUGCCAGCACUGCUCCAGGAGGUGGCGCGGGAAACUUCACUGUGCUGCGCAUUGCCGCGCUCAGUGCAGGAUCUGGCUGAAGCUCGAGAGAGACGCGCGCCAGAAGCCCCACGGAUCGACGGCGCCGUAUCCGGUGAAGCCCUCGGCUGUGGCGGCCCCGCGGAAGCCGAGCAUCGCGCGGCGGCCGUGCUCGAGCUCGCAGGUCUGCAGGGUGUCGUUGUCCACGUCCACCAUCACCUCGCGGAAGCCUGCGGGGCCCCCGAGCUCCCCUGGCUCCGAGCCCUCGGGGGCCUCUCGAGGGCGCCCAGCUCGACGACGCCAGCUGGGAGGGCGAGGAUCGCGUAGCCCUGUUAUCCCCCCCCCCGGCUCCGAGGAGGGGGCGCCGAGCCCCGUUGGGCACGUCGUCCAUGGGGAUGGCCCCGUUUGGACAGGGACCGACCGUCCGGGCAUUCUUAUAGGCCUACCACCUGGAGGGGACGCCCAACAGGUUUUGCUUAGCAUGGCCCCGGGGCUGUUUCAGGGCCCUUGACGGCCGCCAGCGCGACCCAUUGUCAGCGUUUUGUCGGCGACCCCGCCGUCGUCUGUCAGCGCUCUGUCGGCAACCCCGCCGUCGUUUGUCAGCGCCACCCGCUAUCGUUUGUCAGCGGUUUGUCGGCGGCCCCGCCGUCGUUUGUCAGCGCGGCGUCGGCGACUUCGCCGUCGGUUGUCGGCGCUCUGUCGGGGGCCCCGCCGUUGCCCGCCAAUGCUUUGUCGGUGGCCCCGCCGUCGUCGCCAGGUUGCCAACAAAGCACUGACAAGAGGCGGCCCAGCCGCCGACAAAGUACUGACAAGAGACGGCCGGGACGCCGACAAAGCACUGACAAGAGGCGGCCCAGCCGCCGACAAAGUACUGACAAGAGACGGCCGGGACGCCGACAAAGCACUGACAAGACGCAGCCCCCGCCGCCGACAAGAGUCGCCCACAUCCAGCUUAAAGGGACUGCUCUAAAACCUGUUUCGCGUCCCCCCCAGCC